AUGACCUUUGAAGCAUUUGUUGAUGAGUCGUUUUUGAUUCUAAGUUACGAUGAGUUAAGAGUGGCUAUAAAUUACUUUCAGUCCAAUUUCCGCUCUUUCUCACCUGCAACGCAAAGCUACGGCGUGCUAUCAGUUUCUAGCUUUCGUACUCUGCCCCUUCUCUACCAGUUUUUACACCGCCAACGCCACCUAUAUCUGUCUUUCGCGUCGCAAUCAUAUAUUCUGUCUCUUUUUAUCUCUUCCUCCCGUAUCUCAUGCAAGCUUUUCUAUCUUAAAUACUCUCAACUUUCUCCAAUUCCUUUUUUCAGCAUCAUAACCCCUUCAAUCUUCUUCCAUAUCAAGCUCCAUCUUAUCCCAUCCAUAAGUUUUAUGUGCCAUUUUCUUUUUCUGUACAGUAUUCCCAUCACUGCUCACCCUGUCUUCUUUUUCCAUCGCCCUCAAGCUCGAAAACUCUCUAUCUCAGUCCCUGGUAUUGACUCUUUCAUUCUAAUACUUCUAAUUAGAGUCUUCUCUGCUCUCAUUAAGUUGUUGUGCUAUUGCCUGCAUCCCUCUUCUUCUUUUUUUGAUGGUGGUCCCCCUAAAUGGUACUCUGGGCUUAUUAUACUAGCUUCUCGUCUACGACCCUUCAUUAUCUACCCUAGAUCGGGCCCGUAUAGUACUCGCCGUCGUUUCGCUCGCUCAUCAUCUCCUAAGUCCUUGCCAAACUUGACAGAUUCUGUCCAGCAAUUCGAAUUUACUCCCACUGUACUAACAUAUUCUGCCGUUUUCGUAUUUUUUUUUUUCAUUUACUUCUUCACUAGCUAA